AUGACGCUGUGCAAGGAAUACGAAUUAUCUGGCCAGCAGGGGUGUAAUUACCUGCUUGGCUCUAAGGAGAGAGGAGCCUCCCGCCAGCCGUCCAUCAGAGGAGCCUCCCGCCAGCCGUCCAUCAGAGGAGCCUCCCGCCAGCCGUCCAUCAGAGGAGCCUCCCGCCAGCCGUCCAUCAGAGGAGCCUCCCCCCAGCCGUCCAUCAGAGGAGCCUCCCGCCAGCCGUCCAUCAGAGGAGCCUCCCCCCAGCCGUCCAUCAGAGGAGCCUCCCGCCAGCCGUCCAUCAGAGGAGCCUCCCCCCAGCCGUCCAUCAGAGGAGCCUCCCGCCAGCCGUCCAUCAGAGGAGCCUCCCGCCAGCCGUCCAUCAGAGGAGCCUCCCCCCAGCCGUCCAUCAGAGGAGCCUCCCGCCAGCCGUCCAUCAGAGGAGCCUCCCCCCAGCCGUCCAUCAGAGGAGCCUCCCCCCAGCCGUCCAUCAGUGGAGCCUCCCCCCAGCCGUCCAUCAGAGGAGCCUCCCCCCAGCCGUCCAUCAGUGGAGCCUCCCCCCCGUCCAGUCCAUCACCGUCCAUCAGAGGAGCCUCCCCCCAGCCGUCCAUCAGUGGAGCCUCCCCCAAGCCGUCCAUCAGUGGAGCCUCCCCCCAGCCGUCCAUCAGAGGAGCCUCCCCCCAGCCGUCCAUCAGAGGAGCCUCCCCCCAGCCGUCCAUCAGUGGAGCCUCCCCCCAGCCGUCCAUCAGAGGAGCCUCCCGCCAGCCGUCCAUCAGAGGAGCCUCCCCCCAGCCGUCCAUCAGAGGAGCCUCCCCCCAGCCGUCCAUCAGAGGAGCCUCCCCCCAGCCGUCCAUCAGAGGAGCCUCCCGCCAGCCGUCCAUCAGAGGAGCCUCCCGCCAGCCGUCCAUCAGAGGAGCCUCCCGCCAGCCGUCCAUCAGAGGAGCCUCCCGCCAGCCGUCCAUCAGAGGAGCCUCCCCCCAGCCGUCCAUCAGAGGAGCCUCCCGCCAGCCGUCCAUCAGUGGAGCCUCCCCCCAGCCGUCCAUCAGAGGAGCCUCCCCCCAGCCGUCCAUCAGAGGAGCCUCCCCCCAGCCGUCCAUCAGAGGAGCCUCCCCCCAGCCGUCCAUCAGUGGAGCCUCCCCCCAGCCGUCCAUCAGACGAGCCUCCCCCCAGCCGGCCAUCAGAGGAGCCUCCCGCCAGCCGUCCAUCAGUGGAGCCUCCCCCCAGCCGUCCAUCAGAGGAGCCUCCCCCCAGCCGUCCAUCAGAGGAGCCUCCCCCCAGCCGUCCAUCAGAGGAGCCUCCCGCCAGCCGUCCAUCAGUGGAGCCUCCCCCCAGCCGUCCAUCAGAGGAGCCUCCCCCCAGCCGUCCAUCAGAGGAGCCUCCCCCCAGCCGUCCAUCAGUGGAGCCUCCCCCCAGCCGUCCAUCAGAGGAGCCUCCCGCCAGCCGUCCAUCAGAGGAGCCUCCCCCCAGCCGUCCAUCAGUGGAGCCUCCCCCCAGCCGUCCAUCAGUGGAGCCUCCCCCCAGCCGUCCAUCAGAGGAGCCUCCCCCCAGCCGUCCAUCAGAGGAGCCUCCCGCCAGCCGUCCAUCAGAGGAGCCUCCCCCCAGCCGUCCAUCAGUGGAGCCUCCCCCCAGCCGUCCAUCAGUGGAGCCUCCCCCCAGCCGUCCAUCAGAGGAGCCUCCCCCCAGCCGUCCAUCAGUGGAGCCUCCCCCCAGCCGUCCAUCAGUGGAGCCUCCCCCCAGCCGUCCAUCAGUGGAGCCUCCCCCCAGCCGUCCAUCAGUGGAGCCUCCCCCCAGCCUUCCAUCAGAGGAGCCUCCCCCCAGCCGUCCAUCAGUGGAGCCUCCCCCCAGCCGUCCAUCAGUGGAGUCUCCCCCCAGCCUUCCAUCAGAGGAGCCUCCCCCCAGCCGUCCAUCAGUGGAGCCUCCCCCCAGCCGUCCAUCAGAGGAGCCUCCCCCCAGCCGUCCAUCAGAGGAGCCUCCCCCCAGCCGUCCAUCAGUGGAGCCCCAGCCAUCAUCUCCCUCCAGCAGAGCCCUCACUCUCAGGCAGGAGACGGAUCCCGUCAUCAGCAGGGAUCCACUGUCCAUUCUGGAGAGUUGUGGCCGCGGCGGAGGAGCCCAUUGCCAAUCAUCGAAGACCAAUCUGAUGGCGUCACUCGUGUUCACCAAUCAGGUUAA